GGUCGCGAGAGCGAAGGUCCCGUCAGCCCCUUAUCUUCCGUCUCCCGCUGGUUUGCCCUCUACCUCCUAAUUGCAGGGUUCGGGUGGGCGCUAUUUCGGGGCUGCUCCUCCCUCCCUGGAGGCGGGGCCUUGACGCGCAGGCGCGCAGGCGUGCGGUUGGGGAGGUAGGUCCCCACACAGGCUGUCUCCUGCAGCUGCGAGCAGACAUGUCGGGGGUUAGCGUAGCUGCGCGGCUGCUGCUCGGCAGGCGGCUGGCUCUGACCCGAACGUUAACUCCCAGAUGUGACCUUCUAUCUUCAGAACUCCAGACCUACCUCUCCAAGCGGUCAGCAACUUUCCAGUCCAGCGCAAGAAGUUUUCACUUCACCGUCAAUGGAGAAAAACAGUCAUCAGCUAAGGUUUCAAAUGCAAUUUCCACAGAGUAUCCUGUAGUAGACCAUGAAUUUGAUGCAGUGGUAGUGGGCGCUGGAGGGGCAGGUUUACGAGCUGCUUUUGGACUUUCUGAAGCUGGUUUCAAUACAGCAUGUGUUACGAAGCUUUUCCCCACCAGGUCACACACUGUUGCAGCACAGGGAGGAAUCAAUGCUGCGUUGGGGAAUAUGGAGGAAGACAACUGGAGAUGGCAUUUCUAUGACACUGUGAAAGGUUCUGAUUGGUUGGGUGAUCAGGAUGCAAUUCAUUACAUGACAGAGCAAGCACCUGCUUCAGUAGUUGAGUUGGAAAAUUAUGGCAUGCCAUUUAGUAGAACAGAAGAAGGAAAGAUUUAUCAGCGAGCAUUUGGUGGACAGAGCCUAAAAUUUGGGAAAGGAGGACAAGCUCAUCGAUGCUGUUGUGUGGCAGACAGGACAGGCCAUUCCUUGUUGCAUACUCUGUAUGGAAGGUCUUUGAGGUAUGAUACCAGCUAUUUUGUGGAGUAUUUUGCCUUGGAUCUCUUGAUGGAAGAUGGAGAGUGCAAAGGAGUGAUUGCAUUGUGCAUAGAAGAUGGGUCCAUACAUCGUAUAAGAGCAAAAAAUACAGUUAUUGCAACCGGGGGUUAUGGGCGUACCUAUUUCAGCUGUACUUCUGCUCAUACAAGCACAGGAGAUGGCACAGCUAUGGUUACACGAGCAGGCCUUCCUUGUCAGGACUUAGAGUUUGUACAGUUCCAUCCCACAGGCAUAUACGGUGCUGGCUGUCUUAUCACAGAGGGGUGUCGUGGUGAAGGAGGCAUUCUUAUUAAUAGUCAAGGUGAAAGAUUUAUGGAAAGAUAUGCACCUGUUGCGAAGGAUCUGGCCUCCAGGGAUGUUGUGUCUCGUUCCAUGACCAUUGAAAUCCGUGAAGGAAGAGGCUGUGGUCCUGAAAAAGACCACGUCUUUCUACAGUUGCACCACCUACCGCCUGAGCAGCUAGCAACUCGCCUGCCUGGAAUAUCAGAAACAGCAAUGAUAUUUGCUGGCGUGGAUGUCACCAAGGAACCAAUUCCUGUACUUCCUACUGUGCAUUAUAAUAUGGGAGGCAUUCCUACAAACUAUAAGGGGCAGGUUCUUAAACAUGUGAAUGGUGCAGAUCAAAUUGUACCUGGUCUUUAUGCUUGUGGCGAAGCAGCCUCUGCAUCAGUACAUGGUGCUAAUCGACUAGGAGCAAACUCUCUUCUGGACUUGGUUGUCUUUGGUCGUGCUUGUGCCCUGAGUAUUGCAGAAACAUGCAAACCUGGUGAUAAAGUCCCUCAAAUUAAACCAAAUGCUGGGGAAGAAUCUGUCGCAAAUCUUGACAAAUUAAGAUUUGCUUCUGGAAGCAUAAGAACAUCUGAACUAAGGCUCAACAUGCAAAAGUCCAUGCAGAAUCAUGCAGCUGUGUUCCGUGUGGGAAGCGUGUUACAGGAAGGCUGCGAGAAGUUAAGCCAGCUCUACAAGGACUUAAAGGAUCUGAAGACAUUUGACAGAGGAAUGGUGUGGAAUACCGAUUUGGUGGAGACCUUGGAAUUGCAGAAUCUAAUGUUGUGUGCUCUGCAAACUAUUUAUGGUGCUGAGGCUCGUAAAGAGUCACGUGGAGCCCAUGCCAGAGAAGACUACAAGGUAAGAAUUGAUGAGUAUGAUUAUUCUAAGCCACUUGAGGGACAACAAAAGAAAACAUUUGAAGAACAUUGGAGAAAGCACACACUUUCUUAUGUGGAUAUCAAGACUGGAAAGGUUUCUUUGGAGUAUAGGCCUGUAAUCGACAACACUUUAAAUGAAGCUGACUGUGCCACAGUUCCACCUGCUAUUCGCUCUUAUUGAGGUCACUAGCUUUAUUGAUCAGUUUGUGUAAUUAUGUAUAAUAAUGCCUGAUAGAAUCUGGUAUAUGAACGUGGCAUAAUGGUCUUUUUAAAAAAAUUCUGUUAUUUGUGAUGGAUAAAAAACAGUACUCAUGAUUUGACUCAAAUUAUCUGUCUAAUAUUGAGUGGCUCACCUGUAAACUGAAACUAGGAAAUAUUAAGGUUUCCUUUGCUUUAUUUUUUGAAGUGAUAAAACCAAGCAUGUUUCUUAAAUAAAACAUAUUAAAGUA